AAUUGAAAGAUCACUUUUUGUCGAUCACGAAAAAUAUGUAAAAUUCGACGAAUUGUAAUUUCGUUAAAAAAUAACAAUAAUGGUUCGGGACACACUAUAGCUUGAAGUCUUUAGUUUUUGUCAUACACUUGCCACCUAUAAAUAAUUGUAUCAUCACUGAGAGACUUCAGCGCCGAACAACUAGCUUUCGCCACGCGUCCCAGAAUCCUCUGUGACGCACAUUGACAACACGUCAAAAAUGGCAGAUUCUUCACCCAGCAAAGCGGAUAUCGAGGAAAUUUUCAAAAGACUGCGAGCUGUUCCAUCAAAUAAGACAUGUUUUGAUUGUAAUGCAAAAAAUCCAGCAUGGUCCAGUGUAACAUAUGGAGUCUUUUUGUGUAUCGAUUGUUCAGCGGUGCAUCGUGGUCUGGGUGUACAUUUGACCUUUGUCAGAUCCACCCAACUUGACACAAAUUGGACAUGGCUGCAGCUCAGGAAUAUGCAGCUGGGUGGUAAUGCUAAUGCUAGAAAAUUCUUUGCGCAACACAAUUGUACCUCAAAUGAUGCUCAGCAAAAGUAUAAUUCACGCGCAGCUAUGCUAUACAGGGAAAAAUUAGGUCAAGCAUCGGCUCAAGCAAUGCAUCGUUAUGGCACGAAGGUUUCUCUCCCUUCGCCAAAAAGUAAAACAAUGCUUCAUCUGGAAGAUGGCACGGAAAUAGUAUCGGAGGAAGCGAAUGAGCUGGAUUUUUUCAAGCAACAUGAAAAUUUAAAUUCACAUCAAACUGAAACGAUAAUUCCGACAGAAGAGAAGGCAUUUCUCACACCUAACAAUGAUAAUUUAGAGAAAGACGCAUCUGAAAUUGCCUCCAAUUGUUUGGGACCUUCUGUGAAACUUUCUGAUCCUAUCUCAAACGCACAAUCUGAGAGGAAACCUACCAUAGGUCGUAGAAUAGUGCAAUCUAAAAAGACCGGUUUGGGAAAAAAAGCCGGGAGUUUAGGCGCCCAAAGAGUUAAGACCAAUUUUGAUGAACUGGAGAAGAGUAUCACGGAAAUAGGUAAACAAAUGCAAGAAAAGGAUCAAGAGGUAACGAAAGAAGAACAAGAGAAGCUGGCCACACGUCUGGCUUACCGGUAUGAGCAAAAUUUGAGUCAGCAAGCAAAGAAAGUGGAGGAGAGGGCGAAGCAGUUUGAUCCAUCGAAGGCCGGACAAGCAGAACGACUUGGAAUGGGAUUUAAUGUACGAAGCGGCGCGAGUCAUUCUGCCCUUAGCGACAUGAAGACAAUAACACAAGAAACAUCGUCGAAGAUUAUAACAGCCGUAGAACCUAGAUCAAGAGACGUAGAUGUCAUCGAACGCGAUCUUUUUGUGGGCUUAGAUGAAUUUUACGCGGUAUACGCUAACAGCACCAGCAAGUCUUCGCGCGGCGAGGAUAUUGUGGUUGUGGCAGAACCGGAACCGCCGAAACGAUUAUUAUCCUCGACACGAACUGUAAAGAACGACGCAAAAGCCUCCUCUACCGUCGAAGGAGAAGCUCAGAAGAAAUUUGGUAGCGCCAAAGCCAUCAGCUCGGAGCAAUACUUUCAAGACAGUACUUCCGACGACUCGUGGGAACGUAAGAGUAAUUUACGUCGUUUCGAGGGUUCAUCUAGCAUCUCAUCAGCGGAUUAUUUUGGCACCGAAAACUCAACACCAUCCUCGUCUUCGUCGUUAUCUAUGCGUCUCAGCGCGGGACGAGCUGGUGUCGUAGAUCUGGACGAUGUUCGAGAAAGUGUACGCCAAGGUGUAAACAAGGUUGCAGGCAGACUUAGUUCUUUUGCGAAUGCGGCGGUUUCCUCUAUACAAGAUCGUUAUGGGCUCUGAAUGGUACAUAUACAUACAAACACACACGUAUUUUUAAAAGCAGUUAAAUCGGCAACGAGACUAACGCAACGUCGAGACUUACCACACGGUGAUGGGAAUGAGAAUAAAUACAAUGUAUUUUACAAAUACGUUUGAUCACUUUACAACGUAAAGAGAGAAAAAGAAUGGAUCUUUUCUCUUAUAUUACGUUAUAUAUAUAUAUAUAUAUAUAUAUAUAUUGCAUAACAAAUAUCUCUAUAUCAAAAGUCGGAUUACACCGACGCGCAGGAAUAAAAUAAGGUACGAAUAA